AUGAACUCGACAUUACCUCCCGACCCAUACAAGUUACUCGGUGUUGCCAAAGAUGCCAAGCUCCCAGAGAUCCGGAGUGCGCAUCGAAAGCUGGUCCUGAAGUGCCAUCCGGAUAAGGUCCAAGACGCGGCUCUGAAGGCGGUCAAACAAGAUGAGUUCCAAAAGGUACAACAGGCGUACGAGAUCCUCAGCGACGACUCGAAGCGACAACAAUACGAC